CUUUAAUUGUAUAAUAAACUGCACUUACAUGUAUACCAGGGAUGUAGAUGUAGAUGUAGCUAAGAGCUACAUGUGGCUACUGGCUAAUUUAUCAUGGAUGUACCUGCUGACUCUUGUGAAUGCCUUGGCCAUGAACCUCAGGUCUGUGGGUCAGAAAACUUUGAUCUCAAGCCCACUCCACCACGUCAGAGGACCAAAAUCUCACAUCUUCAAUGUAGCUAGGAUAUUUGAGCUAUUACAACCUUACAUGUAACUUGCACAUUUAUAAAAAACAUAUACUGAGAGAGAGGACUUCAAGAGAAAGACAUGUACAUGCAUGCUUUGGAAACAAGCUCAUUGUGCACUGACAUGUUGUCCACCUUUAGUACUUCAUGUCUGUGCAUACAUGUACUUUUGUAACAUUAAUUUAACAAGAGGCAAAGAACUUUUAAUAGAUGUUUUAACCUAAAGUUAACAAUUUUAUCUUUGUUAGUGCAUAUGCCAUUAAUUAAUUGAAGGGGUGAGGUCAGCCACAGGUAUUUCAUUAAUAUUUUACACACUCCCAGUCAAUUGUACUAUCCUAGGACUGAACUGGCAAACUCUGUAUUAACCACUUUUGACCAAGGACAUCACUGAUGUUGUUGUUUAAGUUGUACACUUGCCUCUUCAAUUAGGAUGAAGUCUUGUCAGUUGAAAGCUCUUUUCUCCUUGAUAUUUCAAAGCUUCCUUUUAAUUAACACUGACUAAAUUCCCAACAGAAACUCUAUGUGGGGAUGAAAAUUUUGGGAGCAAUACGAGAAGUGAAUGAAUAUGACAUGGCCAUCAGUCUGCCAAACGGACUGAGUGGAUUUGUUCACAUUACACAUGUAAAUGAGAAGAUCACCGAAAGAUUAAAGGAGGUGUUACAGGCUGAUGACACAGACAGUAAAGAGACAGAGACAACUAGUUUUCCAGAGCUUGCUAAAUUCUUCACUGUUGGAACCCUGGUUCAGUGUUCAGUGUUGGAACUGGAAGGUUCCAAGCCUGGUCAAAAGAAAAUCAAAUUAUCUUUGGAUCCUAAAGGUGUUAACAGUGGGCUCAGCAAGUCAUCUCUGAAGCCAGGAAUGGUAGGCAGAAGAAUAUUUAAACAGUAAUUAAAAGUUCUUCAUGAUUGUAAUAAUAUUACUUUU